UUGAAGGAGGAGGAGGAGAAGAAGAAGAAAAAUAUGAUCUAGAGAUGGAGGAGCCAUCAACCGGGGAGAUGACACAGAGACCAACAACUGUUUACUACUCUCACAAUCCAUGCUAUUAUCUUCAAGAAGCUAUAAGGGCUAUUCUCAAGUGUUUGGGCCUGGAAUCUUCUACUUCUAGGGACUCUUCGUCAAGCAGUUCAGAACAAAAGGAUGAUGACGACACUGAAGCAAGUCCCCAACAAUCUGGUUCUUCUACACAACAAGGAGCACACUCAUCAUCAGCUGACUCUCCUUCAACUACACAACAAGAUAACAACACCUUCGAGGAUGCUGAAAGUGCGCGUGAAUUGAGGAGAGGGCCUACAAGGCCACCAAUAAGUUCUGAAAGCAGGCCUGGAGGUGGUUCUCAGAUUAACUGAUUCUAAAUCCCCAUCACUACCAGUGGAGUGUUGGCAAACAAGUUUGGUUAAACCUAGGAUAUGGGCGUCCCUUUGUUUUUCUUGUUUGGUCUUGAUUUUUCAAUUUCACUUUUAAUUUUUUGUUUGUGCUUUUGAGAGAUGAGAGGUCUCCACGUGCAAGGAUGCAUGGUCUGUAAUUUCACACCCGUGAGACACUUGUACUAAUUUGCUUGUAAAGGAGGGCCAUUUUCAUGAUCCCAAGUGAAGGAUCUAGGGUUUCUUUUUCAACUCUAUAUGGAGUUGUUCUUUUAUGUUAUUUAAAAAGAAUAAGUUACAGAAA